GCACGGCCAGGCUAGGAAGACAAACCACAAGAAAAGCUGGAUGACUUCUUUGUUUACUUUUAUUUCAACAGGACACUGUUUUGCUUCUCAGAAAACCUUCGACGAAAGCAUAAGCUUCUUAUCCUCAGCAAGCUGCGGCGCACAUUUUCCUUUUUCAUUACAUCUGGAUGACUGGACACUUCGCCUUGUUACAUUGCCCAUAUUGGUAAAUUCAUGGCGUUGGUAGAGCGCAGUUGCAAAGUGAACGGCUUCACAAACAGUUGUAAGACCGGUGCCAAAAAAGAAGGGACGGUGAGAAACGGUAAGGUAAACAUGCAGCCAAAGGAGACAGAGUUUACCACCGAUGGCUUGCCAAAAGCGUUUCUACAAAGUUUAAGGACCCUUUUUGACAUUCUGGACGAUGGGAGGAGAGGAUAUGUUCAUAUAUCGGAAAUUGAAGGUCGGUGGCAAGGCGCGGAAUCACAGGGUCUGCCAAGCGGUGUUUUGGAGUGCCUGUGGCGGGUCACCCCUCCGCACGGCUGCUUGACUUUCGAGCGCUUCGUGGCGGGGCUCCGAAACUCCAUGCUCAAUCCCGAAAACGGCAACGUCAAGCACCAGCCUUGCGCACAGAUCCCGUACACGUCUGGACCGAAACCCCAGCCCCAAACGAACCCCCAUAAAACUAGUGCGCAUAUGGGGUGCUCGGUGGGUCCCAGAGGGUACGAGAACAAAGUUCGGCCACUUGGACCAAGUAAUAUGACUAACAUGCACCAUAACCGGGCGUCCUCUCUUCAAGGCAGAGGAAGGCAUCACGAAGACGGCUACAGUGCAUCUACUAAACCAGGAGAACACUCCCAAUACAUAUCGGCCCCUGCCCCUCAACGGUACGGAACUACCGGCUACGAGAGGACCGGUAGGAGUUUGGAGAGGAUCCCCGUCCCCGUCCCAGAAAGCAGCACGUAUCGCACCGACACUGUCCGGGUCGGUAGUAAAAAGGCCCACCACCAGAAUCGAAUGCGUUCUAUUGAAUCACUUGCUCUUGAAUCUCCUCAGCUUCAAAAACAAAGUUCCCUGGAGUCUGCAGGCCUCCCCCGCUCCCAGAGUGAGACCACAGCAGGCUUCAGUGGCUCCAGCGGGGGCUCCAGACGACACGGCCGCAGCCGCGACGAGCAGCGCAGGCACACCAUCACCAACGGGGUCGACUAUGGCAUGCUGAAGCAGAUGAAGGAGUUGGAGCAGGAGAAGGACUCCCUACUGGCGGGCCUGGAGGUGGUGGAGCGGGCGCGAGACUGGUACCAGGCACAGAUACACAGCGUCACCGAGAGACAGCGCCUCAUCGGACAGACCAACCUUUGCGCGGAUUUCUUGACCGAAUCCAGCCAAAGUCGAAUAAAUGCCCUCCUCCCCAAACUGCAGGAAGUCAACCGCUGCCUCAACGACCUCAUAUCCUGUUCGGGAAUGCAGUCCUUCUCCCCCAGUGCCCCGCCGACCAGCAUCUCCCCUAGUGCCCAGGCCCCUCCCACAGCCCCCCCACAGGCCAUCCAGAGACUGAAGGACCAGAACCGCCUCCUCACACAGGAGGUGACGGAGAGGAGUGAGCGCAUCACGCAGCUGGAGCAGGAGAAGUCUGCGCUCAUCAAGCAGCUGUUUGAGGCGCGCGCCCGAAGCACCCACGACAACAGCACCCUGGACUCCACCUUCAUAUGAGACUAAACCCCCACCUUCACACGAGAUCCGUACGAGACUCACGGCAUCACCACGGUAGCACGUUGGACACCAGUUUCAUAUGGGACAGUAUGAGAUCUCGCCUUCGAUUGACACUGUACGAGACUCCAUCUUCAAUUGACACUGUAUGAGGCUCCAUUUUCAAUUGACACUCUAUGAGACUCCCCAUUCAUAGGAAGCUCCCCGCAUCACCACAUUAUCACGCUGUUCACCUCAACAUGGGACUUGCCACAGUAGAAUGCUUGUUGCUGACACUGCUCCUUCAUAUGAGACUAUAUGAGAAUCAUCCCUACAUUACAUUACAGUACAUUCACAUGACAUUCCAUUCCAUUACACUUAGCUGACAUUUUUAUCCAAAGCGAUAAGGAUAGAUAUUGGAUACAGUGUAUUGGUUAGUCCCAGGAACAGCAUGGGGUUAGGUGCCUUGCUCAAGGGCACCUCGGCCAUGGUGUGCCGUCGGGAGUGGAAGGGCGGGGUUUGAACCCCUGCAACCCUUUGAUCUAUAGCCCAUCUCCUUAACCACUGCGCCACGACUGCCCACAGCACCAUAGUGUCCUGCUGGACUCCACCUGAGACUACGCUGAGGCACACUGAACUGACAACACACUGGACUUCAUGAGAUUAUAUGAGGGUCACCACAGCUUCAUUCGAGACUCAACAUACAGUAGCUCCACAGUAGCCAGAAGGACAUCAUCAUAUGAGAUUAUAUGAGAUAUUCUACAAUAUGACACCAAUAUAGUACAUUCCACAGUAGCAGGCUAAAGUCCCCCUCAUAUAAGACUCAGCACACAACAUGUCAACUCCACCCAGAUAUAAGACUCAACACAGUCCAACACCAUUUUCCUACAAGACUAAAUGAGAUUCACCGCAGUACAACAUUUGAGUCCAGCUAUUAGUGGCUCUCCACAACCUAAAUACUGACAACCACCAACACACAGAUCUGUAAACUGUUCACAUGUUGCAAGCACAUACAGCUAGCGGCAGUAUAGGCACUUUUAGAAAUCCUUACAGUGGCUUCCGGCUCGAAGGACCACCUAGACUCUAGCAGUACUAACCACUUCACACAGGAAUGCUAACACUAAGGCUUACUAGAUGCUACAUGAACUGUCUGAAACAGGCUGACAAUGCUAAGGAGUCGCAGCCAAACCCAUUGGAGCUAUGUGAUUGGAUUCUUCAAGCGAUGCUGAACAUUUAAUAGGGUGCACGUACGAGAAAGUUCACUUUACGACUACUUUGUCCAGUGAGUAGCCACAACAACUACAACAACUAUAACCACAUUGAAAAAUCAGAAGAGUGUACGGACAUGCAGACCCAGAUGGGCCCUGCAGUUGAAUCAUCAUAACAUCCCUUACAACUACAGCCUUCAUCACUCCUAGUUAACCACAAGGGUUUUUGGGAGUGAUUUCACAGCAUCAAAUUUGUCUAAUAAAUGACGUUUCUGUUUCACACAGUAAUCCCCCAAAGGACAUUGCAAAGAUUAAUUUACAAUCACAACUCCAGGAAGUUGUUUUUUUUUUCUUAAAUGGACAGAGUAAGAUUCCUUGGCAAUCAGUCAAAUCAGCUUAUUUUUUUCCCUGAGUGAUCUUUUUUACAGGACUGGUUGUGAGUAUGUUGUGGAUAUGUCAUACCGUAUGUGGAGUAGUUUUAUUAUAAUGGUUAUUUUUGAGAACAGGCAUGCACACCAUCCGGGCAAAAAAAAAAAAGUGUAUCAAAAUAAUUAAUGACCUCUUUUUGGGUGAAACAUUAUACAUUGGCUGGUUGUUUCUUCCCCAUAAUGAUAAGAACACAUACUAUACUUUGUUAAUCAAUAAAGAUUAUGAGAAAAAUGAGACGUACCUAUAUCCAGUUUUGACAUUUAAGUUGGACCAUAUUCCUAAACAUGCCAAGGACAUGUACUACGGUACGUAGCUGGAACAAGGAAAGGAGAGGAGGACGUGUGAGGAGGAGGAGGAGGAGGAGGAGGAGACUUCGAAGGAGGUGAAAAGGAGGAGGAGUUUACUGAAUGUACUCUGAUGGGAUGGAUAAAGACUGAUGAUCAUGAGAGGUCAUGAGAAGGGAACAGGAAAAGUCCUUGGCUGGAUGGAGUCCGCGCAGUUCAACCACCAAAUGGCAAAGAUGGGAGUGGAUAAAAACAUGGACUGUGCUAUUUUCACAUCUGGACGCUUUUGUGGCACUUGUCAGACAAUGUGCAGAUUUUGUCAGGCACACACAUAUGCACGCACCUGCCCGUGCGUGCCCGCCCGCCCGCACGCAUGCACACAAAAACACACACACACACACACUCUCUCUCUCUCUCUCUUUCACUCUCCCUUUCUCUCUCUCUCUCAUACACACACACAUACACUUUCACUCUCUCUCACACACACACACACA